GUCGCGGCAACCCUCCACUGCUUUUACGCGACCUCGAAGAUACUUUGACACGUACUGAACUUGCAUGUUCGCUCUGCUCUCUCCCACCGAUUGUCCAGCGCCUUUAUCGCGAAACCCAAAAGGGUCGACCUUAGCUCCAGCGGGGUCUCAUUACGCGGGGUGUAGCAACGACGAUCACAUCACCUGCCUGCUCCGGCGCUCGCAAGUCCUCCUUGACUUAUUGCCAAGCUUACGUCCAUCUUGAGGUGACUUCUUGAUCCCACGACAGCCUCCUCGAGACCCGGAAGUAUGCGACCGCUUCCUGGUGGCAGCGACGCGCUGCCUGCACCUGUCAGGCCUCGGUCCCGCAAGUCGAGCAUGGAUCACGCCGCAGCGCCGUCGAACAAUGGCCCCACUACGUUCUUCAUGAGGAGCGAGCAAGAGAUGGAACAGUCUCUGGCUGCUUCUCAGAGUACGCAUUCGAUAAGAAGACAGCGGGACAGUACAUAUGGUGUGCAGAGUCUAGCUGAUACUUUAGAAGCUGCAUUUGGUGCUGAGAGCACUACUGCUGGCAAGAAGGCGGAUAAGCGCAACAAUGCAGGCAGCCAUGCCAAACACACUGCGAGAUCAGGGUCGCAUAGCUCGUCUGCCGAUUCAGCAAAAUCGCCAGAAAGUCCUUUGGCCUCGCCACUACAGAAGCUGAAAAAGAAGCUCUCUAGCCGCACCACGUCCACGCCCCUCACGCCCCUCACGCCCCUCAAUGUCGAUGCGCCGUCUCCACUACCCACUUCAGCCAUACCCAGCACACCAACAUCAGCGUCGCUGCAAUCUCUAAAGCUUUCAGAUGAGGGCUCUGUAAUCGAUGAGACUGGAAGCCAAGUCAUCACGUCAAGUGGUGAAGAGGAAGAUGGUGACGAGACACACCAAGGCGCACCGAACAGCUUCCCACAGCUUGUGAUGCCGAGCAUACAGAUGCCGACGAGAAGGCCGUUCACUACAAAGGGCAAAAACAUGGGCAAGCUGAAGGUCUUAGUUGCAGGGCAAGCUGACAUCGGCAAGACCUCGCUCAUUCGAUCAAUCGUACAAAGCUGCGAAGACAUCGUACACGUAGACCCGCUGUCUCCUUCACAGUCGCUCACACAACCACUGCCCAGAAGACCAAAGUCUCGCAGACGGCAGGCAGACCAAGGGGCGACGAUGAGGGUGACAGAGGUACAUGCUAGCACCAAACCUUAUCCAUACUGGUGGACCGACAUGGAAGCGACAAGAGUACUGCGGAGGAGAAAGAGUAGUACUGAUACAAUCCUAGAGAGAAAUAUCUGCUUUGUGGACACGCCGGGCUUCAUGGAGGGCAAUUCCGAACAAGAGGAUAUGAAUCUUGUGGUUGAGUAUCUGGAGUCACUGCUUCACCAGACAGCUUCCGUGACCACAAUGGAAGACGGAGACAUGGUUGGAGUCAUCAGUGGCAGUGGUGGGAUCCUGGUGGACGUCGUCCUCUAUCUGUUACCUCCAAGCAAGGAAAUAACCAAGGACGUUGAGUUCAUGCAGCGACUGUCUGCAUUCACCAAUGUCGUACCCGUCAUUGCAAAGUCAGAGACGCUGACCGCCCAAGAACUGAUAUCACUCAAGGCGUCUGUGCUUGCUCGUCUCCAGGCCUCAACCAUCAAGCCCUUCCUGUUUGGAAAGCCAUUGGACGAUGCAUUACUCGCAGUCCAAGGUCUGGACAUCAUCUAUCCACUGGCGACUCCGACCCCAGAAAUUCAUACGACUGAGCCAAGGGAACCUAACCAGCUCCCCUUUCCUACCCCAACACACCCGUACGCGGUAUCAUUAGUCUAUGGGUCAGACAACGAUACUAUGGACGCAUCCUUACUCAUGUCCCCUGACUACGUUCGACCUCUAAUGCCCUCCGAGCUCUCCAACUUGAUCGAGCAGGUCUUCGACCCUGAAUCAAUCGCAUGGCUAAGGCAUGCAGCAGCAAAGAAGUUCCUCGCAUGGCGGAGGAGGACACAAUUACCAGGAGAUUCAUUCAUCUUCCAUGGUCUACAGCAACCACGCAGCCCUACUACAGCAUCUGUAGGGCUGGCUGGAACUAUGAUGAAUCCAUCCGCAACAUCCUCUGUCUUCUCCGCCGCCUCACCCUCAGGCGUCCUCGUCCCCCGCUCCAUGUCGCCCUUCUACUCAAACCUCCAAUCGCCCCUCCUAUCCUCCGUCGCCGGCUCCCCUACAGACCCCACCGCCUUCUCCCUCACAAACUACAUCAACAACGCCACGCAAGCGAGCGACAUCCGCGUCGCAAAAUGGGCCACCGACUUACACAAAUCUCUACGCAACGAACGCGACCGCUUCGAGGACCUCCAGCGCAACGAGCGCGCCAAGUGGCUCCUCGACCGCGUGGGCGAGGAAGUCGCAGCCGGCACCAUCAUCACCAGCGACGGUGCGCCGAGGGCCCAGUGGGCGGUCGUCAGACACGGGAAUGAGAAGCAGGGUAGUGGGCAGCGGUAUGGGGUCGCGGGGUGGGACUCGAAGGAUCCACUGGGCUUGUGUGAUUUUGGUGACGAAGUGAAGAGGAGGGGUGUUGUGCUUGUGCAGAUCCUCGGCGGGAUAAGUCUGCUGGGGGCUGUAGGGUUGGCGGUUGUAAGGGUUGCUGGGUGGGAGAUACCGGAGGGUGGGGGUUGGGGAUGGUUGGGUGGUGGGUUGGAGUAGCGAGGUGGUACGCAGAGGAGAUACCCG